UUUUUUACGCAAUAAGACGUGUAAAGCAGCCGUACAACCCACACUGUCACACUUCUGUCGAAUCGAAAACAGCUCACCCAAUCUGAGGACUUUUAAUUUCAGGCAACAUUCCAAAUAGAAGCUUGAAAAGGAUAAAAGCAACUUUAAAAACAAGAACGACGUUACUGUGUGAGCUGAAAGAUGCUGAAUUUUGGAUAUUUUGUUUUUCUUGCAUUCUUCCUUCACUUUGUCGGCUGUCUACCUGGGAAAACUGCCCCGUCACAUGGGAGAAAUGUUUGUACGUAUAAAACCGAUAGGAUAGAAAUGGUACCAACGCGACAGACUUACCGGAGGCCAUUUUACAACCCUCGGCUGUGUUCGAAUAAUGAUACUUGUGUCAACUCCACAAGGGUGUACAUGAGGAUAGCCUAUCGCACGGUGUUUUAUAAACGUAUGGUGCAAGGGGAACAUAAACGGUGUUGUCCAGGAUGGACGAAGAAAAACCCACGUGACAUGGCCUGUUUAGCACCAAUAUGCAGAUAUGGAUGUAAAAAUGGCGGAAUCUGUGUGGGUCCAAACGAAUGUGAAUGUCCACCAUAUUACACAGGUCAUCAAUGUGAAAAGGAUGUAGACGAAUGUUUAACUGGUAGAAGUAGCUGCCAACAGAUUUGUAAAAAUACCAUUGGGGGAUACGAAUGUGGCUGCUUCCAUGGAUUUAAAUCACUAAAUAAAUACAAGUGUGAAUUUUGUCCAUUGUGUUUACCACCUAUAGCAGAUAUGAUGAACAAAAUCAAUGAUUUACAAGGACAACUUAACAAAGUAGAAAAAGAGAAAGAUGAGAUGCGUGGUAAUUUUUCUGUUCUGGAGGGAUAUUAUAAUGAUGCCAUCACCCAAGUAGAGGAACUAAAAUCUGCUUCGUCAUCGACCACCGCACCACCAAGCACUACAACAGAGGAUCUGUACGACUUUGAUAUUAUUUCCUCUCUCAGUGAUCAGAUUUCCCAGUUAGAGGAGAGAAUUGGGUCGUGUGACUGUGGGAAUUCAGGAAGGAGGUCCAGAUACAGAUACGGGGGCUGAUGGUCUUAUUAUCACGUGCCUUAAUACACACUACAGAGUUUGUCAAAUGUCAGGCAGUGGACACAUAUACAUAGACUUGUAUUGUUUCCACUUCAUUUUGGUUGAAUUUGAUUUUCUUUUUGACUUAAGAAGGAAUCAAGGGAUAUAAAUUAUUUUAAAUAUAUGAAUAUUGUUAUAGUGGAUAUUAAAGGGAUGCUACAGCUCCUUUUUCCAUUUCAAAUUGUGUUAUUUAAGAAUCUUGUGUUAAUCAUAUGCCCUUGGACAGAGAGAAAUUAUUGUUGACAUGUUAUUGCAUCACUUGAUGCUUUCAUAAAAUGUGUUGUACUAAAUAAUAGUAUUUAAAAUAUUCAGUUUUUCUACAUGUACAUUGCUGCACUUAUAUUCAGAUUUAUAGCAUGCCAUACUAUGUAAGAAAUGUUGUGUAUUACAAAUUUAUCUUAUUUUACCACAAGCAAGCCUAGAUUCACACAGUUUAUAAAAGCAUGUAUUUAUUUUUCCUUUUUAGUUGGAUUUUGUACCAUAAAUCAAUUAACAAAUAAAUA